CUGAGACAAUGAGAGCUGUCAGCGGUAAUUUUGAAGAAAAAGAAAAUGAAAUCAACGAAAGAACUUGCCAGAGAAUUGGGUCUGAUUCGGAAGAGGACAUUGUCAACUUCUGGCAUCAACUUGAGGAAAGGGAGUGCAGCCAAUGAUCAGCCUUUUAAAUACUUGAUUGUGAUAGACUUUGAAUCCACUUGUUGGCAAGACGGGAAGUUUAGGACACAAGAAAUAAUUGAGUUCCCUGCAGUGCUAUUGAACACUGAGACCGGGGAGAUUGAGAGUGUGUUUCACCAUUAUGUUCAGCCCCAGGAACAGCCUACUCUCAGUGCUUUCUGUAAUGAACUUACAGGCAUUACUCAGGAGCAAGUUGACAAUGGGAUUCCAAUUAACCUGUGUUUGAAGCGUUUUUCCCACUGGCUAGAGGGUCUGAGGCGGGAAAAAGGUGUGGUCCUUCCUGGCACCCAUGGAGACCGUACCAUAAACACCACUAGUGUAACUUGGUCAGAUUGGGACCUGGGGGUAUGUCUGCAGUAUGAGUGUAAACGGAAACAGAUCCUGCGACCUCCACAGCUGGGCAGCUGGAUUGACCUGAGGGCUACAUACAGGAAGUUCUAUGACCGGAAGCCCAAUGGUCUUAAUGGAGCUCUUCAAGAUGUUGGCAUCACGUUUGAGGGGAGGGAGCACUCAGGUGUGGACGAUGCCAAGAACACAGCCAAGCUUGCCUACCGCAUGAUCCGAGAUGGGUGUGUGAUGAAGGUUACAAAAACACUCAAGACCCAUGAAAGGUCCGCCAGUUGUAAUCCAGCCAUUUCCACAAAACUUGCCAACAAUCAACCCACAUUAGCUCAAACUGUUGCUAAUAAAAAUAAGUCAAGUAAAAUGGUAUCAGCUCUUACACCAAAAAAAUCCAGUCCGAAAUACACCUCUCCAGUUAAUAAAAGAGGCAAUUCUGAAAUCAAUUGCAAAGUAAAGGCAAAUACAAACUCUCCUAUAAGUGUGCAAGCAGAGAGACUGGUAAAUAAUCAAUCAAGAACAGUAUCUCUGAUGAAUAACAAAUCAAAAACAGUGGCUCCAAUAAAUAAUCAAUCAAAAACAUGGGCUUCUGUAAAUAACCAAUCAAAAACAAUGGCUCCAAUAAAUAACCAAUCAAAAAGAGUUGCUCCGAUAAAUAACCAAUCAAAAAGAGUUGCUCCAAUAAAUAACCAAUUAAAACAAGUUUCUCUGAUAAAUAACAGAUCAGCAAAAGGAACCCCUAAUAAUGAUCUCAAGAACACAAAUGAAAGAACAACUAUACAAUUCAACAAGUCAAGAACACCAACAAAAGUUAUUUCUGCAGUUUUAACACCAAAGAAAUCAGCUGGAUUAAGUGUUAGAAAUGUUACAGCUUCAACAGAUGGUCUAAAGAUUCAAAAGGAAAGUUUUCACAAGUCACCUGCUGCAAAGUCAAAUAAGAACACACCAUCAAAGACUUCAAGAUUAAACGGCACUUACCAGGUGAAUUCCCUUCCAGUACAACAUACGUUUCUUAAGAAUGUUCAAGGAAAUCAGUUGCCUUCAAAGAAAAGAAAAGAGUUUACACCUGUGAAAUCAAGUGGGUAUGGAAAUUCACCGGCUAGAAAAGCACCGAGGAAAAUUUCACCAAUGAAGAAGUUAUCUGUUAAAGACAUUUAUGUAGAUCCAGUUUCUGAUACUGAGAAAAUGGAGGUUGACAAGUUUGUAAGUAAAUGUAGUCCUGUUUUGAAACCAGGUUUAAAAGAGAAGAAUUUGAAUGCAAGAGAAACUAUCGGAAGUGUAUCCAAAAAAGACAAGUGUUUAGUAGUUAAUCAAGCUCACAAACCUAACACAGAAUUCAAAGUUCCACAAGCAUUACCUGUUAGAAAAUCUGAACCCACCAAGAGACUGUCCUUCAGCACGUCAACCCCUCAAUCUAGAAGAACAGAACAGAGCUUUAAUGGUCCAAAAAACUGCAGUCCAAUUUUAAAUCCACCAUUUCAAUCUUCAGAUUUACAAACACCUUUGUCCAGAAGUGGUUCUUUGUCAAAUUCAACUUUCAAAACCCCUAGCAAUGCUUCCUCAGUGGUGAAAACUCCAAACAACUCGACCAUGUUCAGAACACCUGGCUCCUCUGUAUACUCUGGUGCAAUAACCAUGAAUGGCAGCUCAAAUAUCUCGACCAAUGGGAAUCUGUCAUGCAUGAAGAUAACUCCGCCCCUUUGUAAUUGUGGGCGUCGCUCUAAGAGAAGAAUGGUCCAAUCGCCGGGCCAGAACAUGGGGAGAUUCUUUUUCAGCUGUUCUGUGAGGAAAGGGAUUGGCUCAACUGAUGGUUGUAAGUUUUUUAAGUGGGAAGUAAAUCCUAUGAAUAAUAGAUCAUUAAAUAGUUCCAAUGGGUCAAGUUAUGUGUCUAAACAGUUCACGCCUGUGAUGAAAUAUGCUUCAUCAUGUAAUACAUGCACACCUUAUGAAAAUGUACAGAGACGAAACCUUGGUGUUAGAACAAAUUCAUGUCAGAAAGUUCACAUAAGGUGAAGUGAUGUUGAAAAUGAUGAUUUGUGUAAUAGGAGAUUCUAUACAAUAUUAUUUACUGGAAUAUACUCAUAUAGGAGGUAAGUACAUUGUAGCAUAACACUUCUUUUAGUAUGCUCAUGUAUUUUAAGUGACGUUUCAAGUUAGAACAACUGCUUUUACACUCACUCAUAAUCAAAUGAAAUGUCUCCCUUUUGAUUAUACAAAGGUAACAUACAUUUGCCAUCUUAACCUUUUCUAAAUAAUUAGGAUAGUCAUUUUGCAAGAGACUACUUUGAUUAUCAUGACAUCAAAAUACCCGUUCAACAUGAGAAGCAUAGCUACAAUGUGAGCAAAUUACAGUCUUUGGAAUAACUUUCAUUUUUUUACUUCAUGCUCCUAGUCCAAUGCUGGAUGUUGAAUACGGGACAUAGCAAGGAAAAAUAUUUAGAUAUUUAUUUUUUCAAUACUUCUUCACAAUGUAUAUUGAAUGACAUAUUGUGUUAUUUGUAAAAUAUUUGUUAUAUUGUGUUCAUUAAUAGUUAGUGGGUUGAAUUUGCUAGCCUACUGUACACAACUUAAAACAGCCCUUGUUCAUAUAUUUCGUAAAUGUACUAAAUAUAAUCUCGAUGAUGUAGCACUCUUAAAAGUCUCCCACAUGUACACAUGUGCAUACAAGUAUUGUUUCAUAAUCUCUGAUAUCUGAUCUUGUUGUUUUUACCAAGAUGUGUCUCCUACAUUUGUUACAUAUUAUUUGACCCAGGGUACAACAUUUUAAUUAUUUAACUUUUCAUCAUUAUGAUUGUAUAAUUAUUGUAAAUAAAUGUACAUGUAGCUUAAAUGGUUGAUAUCGCAUUAACUGUUAUAUGUAUGAUAAUAUUGAGUCGCACAGUAUCUUUUAGUUAAUGCCUUUAGGCAAUGCUAUAUGGUAACUUGUAUACCUUAUCGACGUAGUGGUAUCACUAAGCCCCUACUGCACAAAUUUUGCCUCUUAGGUGUCUUAAAAUGACUUGCUUUUGUAAGAAUAGCAGAGCUCUUUACCUCUUUCUUUCUUUAACACUAUAAUUUUAUUGUAUUUUAACAAGGACGUAUCAGUUCUUCUGUUGUGAGAUUGGCUGAAAAUAGGGUCAUAUGGAAAAAAAAGAUUGUCCAAAGUAUAAAGUUUUUGGCCUUAUAAACAGACAAUUUUUGCCACUUUGAAACACGUUUGAAAAAUGUCUGCAGCGAUUUGUAUAAAACUUGGAUAAGUUGUUCACAGGUUAUCUUUGAGAUUGUUUUCACAUUUAAAUGAUUUGAUUGGAAAUAGUAAUUAUUGGAUAAAUAUUGACCAAUCAAAAUCAUUUCGUCUAAUUUUGACCACAGCAAAAAGUCAUACGAUAUUAUACAAUUUGAUGCUGUAUUUUGAUACCAUGUUAAGCUCGUUUUUGUUUUUGAACAAUCUGAUUACAUGGAUAUUUUUGUUUAUUUUGAUAACUUGAAUGCUUCAACAGUGGCACAUGAUUCAUUUUCCUUGACAACGUCACAAAAAUUAUUAUGAAUUUGUCUCUGUUGUUUUUAGCUGACUAUGUUGAAAGUCAUCCCCAGUAAGGUCUGACAUAAGACCGGUACUUAUUCAUGGGGUUGGUAUUCAAUAUUCAACUUAAGUUAAUAUUAUGUUCAUACAUCAUUGACUUCAUUCACUCUAUUGGUCAGUUAUUAAUAACAAGUAAUCCGAUUAGCUGCAUCGUUCUUAGAUUCAAUAUUGAAUACAGCCAUGGGUUCAUAAUUGAAUUGAUAUUGAUAUGCAUUAUUUUAUUUACUAUUCUUAGCUUCUUAACUUUUCUGUUUCAGUCUCAUUGUAAUAAACGAUUUUAAUGUAUUCUGUUCUUUUAUUUACUGAUAUGUGAAAAGAGCAUGUUUUCAGUUAAUCAUAAUGUUUUGUAGAACCAUUCAUUAAAUUUCUAUUCUGCACUGUUAAUGAAUUAUGCACAUGAUUUUUACCAUAUAUUUGUCUUAAAACAUGUCU